AAAAUUAAUUCUUGAUAAAUUCAAGGGAAUAGAGUCCCACUCGAAAACUAAUUAAUCCGUAUCCAUUUAUAUUAUUCACGAUUCUUCGGUGAUCCUUUUGUCGACUACUUAUACAACACAAAGUACACAGAAAUUAUCAAUCAGUGAAUCAAUCAAUGGCAAAACACGAAGAUCUACCAGUUCCAAUCCACUCCAAACUUGAUGAGGUUUACGGUGAUGGAUCACAGGUCGAAGAAGCUCAACUUCGUUUCUCCAUUCUCGAUUCCAAAUUCGAAGAAUUAUUCGGUCAUCUUCCUGACCUCUAUGCUCGCGCUCCAGGAAGAGUGAAUUUGAUCGGAGAGCACAUUGACUAUGAGGGGUACUCGGUGUUGCCCAUGGCAAUUAGGCAAGACACAAUUGUAGCCAUUGGAAAAAGAGAUGCAGGGGAGUCUGAAAAGCUUCUUAGGAUUGCAAAUGUUAAUGACAAGUACACAAUGUGCACCUAUCCUGUUGAUCCUAACCAGGAGAUUGACCUGAAGAAUCAUCGAUGGGGCCAUUAUUUUGUUUGUGGAUAUAAGGGUUUCCAUGAAUAUGCUAAAUUAGCAGGGAUGGAUGUAGGUUCACCAGUUGGACUUGAUGUAAUGAUUGAUGGAACAGUUCCUACAGGAUCUGGGCUAUCAAGCUCUGCAGCUUUUGUUUGCUCUUCUACUAUUGCAAUAAUGGCUGCUCUCAAUGUCAAUCUUCCAAAGAAAGAAGUUGCUCAACUUACUUGCGAGUGUGAAAGACACAUUGGGACACAAUCUGGUGGAAUGGAUCAGGCAAUAUCUAUUAUGGCAAAAACGGGGUUUGCUGAGCUGAUAGAUUUCAACCCUAUUCGUGCAACUGAUGUGCAACUGCCAGCUGGCGGAACUUUUGUGAUUGCUCAUUCAUUGGCCGAAUCACAGAAAGCAGUAACUGCUGCAACAAACUACAAUAAUCGGGUUGUUGAAUGUCGUUUAGCUUCUAUUGUACUUGGCAUAAAACUCGGAAUGGAACCUGAAGAGGCAAUAUCAAAAGUGAAAACUCUUUCCGAUGUAGAAGGUUUAUGUGUAUCCUUUGCUGGGACCCAUGGAUCUUCCGACCCUACCCUUGCUGUUAAGGAAUAUCUGAAAGAGGAGCCUUAUACAGCUGAAGAAAUUGAGAAAAUCACUGGUAAAACCUUGGAUUCCAUAUUUCUUGACUCGGCUUCUUCACUGGAUGUGAUCAAAGCUGCCAAGCAUUACAAGUUAUUCCAGAGAGCCUCACAUGUGUACUCGGAAGCGAAACGAGUAUAUGCUUUCAAGGAUGCGGUGUCAUCAGAUUCUGAUGAAGAGGAGAAGUUGAAGAAGCUUGGUGACCUUAUGAAUGACAGCCACCAUAGUUGCAGUGUUCUAUUUGAAUGCAGCUGUCCAGAGCUUGAAGAAUUGGUGGAAGUGUGCAAAGGUAAUGGGGCGCUGGGAGCAAGGCUUACAGGCGCCGGAUGGGGCGGAUGUGCUGUUGCUUUGGUAAAAGAAAGCAUCGUUCCACAGUUCAUUCUAAAUUUAAAGGAGCAAUUCUAUCAAUCUAGAAUCGACAACGGGACAAUCAAGAAAAGCGAUCUUGGUCUGUACGUGUUUGCAUCCAAGCCUUCAAGUGGGGCCGCCAUUUUCAGAUUUUAGUUUCUUCUGCCCUUUAACGCUUUCUUUAUUUGUGAAAUAAUUAUAUGAUUUUUGCUUUUUUAUUUCAUUUAUAAAUUACAGACAACGAUAAGUUAUUUUCCCCGUAUAGUAAUCUUAAUUCAUGAAUUGUUUGAUUGUUAGUAA